ACCUGUGAAAAAUCUAAAGUGAUACAGAAAAUAAAAGAAAAGGAACAAUAUUGUGACUUGGAUUAUUAUUGACAGCAGUAAAGUGUACAGAAUAUGACUAACAAGUCAUUUAGUAACAGUACGUCAUUAUUUGACGAGCUAGAUGCACUAGAAGCAGGGUUUUUCUUCUUAGAAACUGUACUUUUUAUUCCAACAGUUUUUGGAAAUACACUAAUAUUAAUAUGCCUUAGGAAAUAUCAAUGGCUGAGAACUCCAUUAAAUUCGUUGAUAAAAAACCUGGCAGCCGCUGAUCUUCUAAUAGGAGUACUUUUAAUCCCAUUUGAUAUAGUUGGGACAUUUUUUGGAUUAAAUCGCCUCCGUUAUGUUUGUUUAGUUCAGCUAGCAAUACUGGUGUCGCUGUUGCUGGUCUCUCUGUUUAGUAUGUUCGCGAUAUCCGUGGAAAGAUAUUUAUCUGUUGCGUUUCCAUGGCAACACAGGGCAACAAAAAGACAUAACUAUGUUCGUAUCUUUGUUCCUAUAUGUUGGACAAUAAGCAUAGGUUUCAGUAUAAUACCAUUACUCGGGAUACAUGAUUUCAUAGACGGAAAAAGUCGAUGUCAUCUCACACUUGUUUGGCCUCAAGAAAUGCGAGUAACGUUGAGUUCAAUAGUUGUUAUUGUGGUCAUCACAAAAAUCACGUUGUAUUCUCUAGUUGUGAAUAUUGCACUGGGAAAACUCACUAACUUUUCAGAGGGAGGCGAUCACUCACGAAUGCGGAGGAAACUGGCAAAGACAUACAUUCUUAUCGCAAUAUCAGCGAUAUUUAUAAUAUGUUGGGCACCAUAUUGUAUUGUGACUUUCUUCAAAAUUUUCUUUGACUACGACGAGUUAAAAAUAGCAGCCGGUUGGACGAUUCUUCUUGUGUUCAUUAAUUCCGGAUUGAACUGGCUUAUAUAUGGUUUGAAAAACGCUAAAAUACGACGUGCCUUUAAAAUGUUAUUAUGUAACGUAGGAGAAGACAGAAAUUCUGUAGAAAUGAGCUCUUGAAAACUUGAUGUUCCCAAAUUGAGCGAACUAUUUUAACAAUAUAUAUAGAAAUUAAUACUCGUAGUAUAAUUAAAUUUACAUUUCUGUGUUAUCGGCGGGAUAGCGUAUGGUUAAUAUAGCCAUAUAAUGUGUAUUGCCAGUCUGUCAAUGACAGGCGACCUUUUGUUAACCUAGUAAUUAUCCAAUGAAGGGAAU